CAGUGUGGAAGGACAAGUUCAGGUCUGUGCGAUGUUUGUACCACCACUUAAGACGAGAGUUAAGAUUGCUGCUGAGGAAUGGAUCCCCUGGACCAAAUUUACACUCGGAGAGAAUGGAGUCAUUAAGAUCACUGGACCCAUGGGCAACCUGCUGGACAUUUUUGCUGAGAAAAUGAACUUUGAAUACGAGUUGGUUCGUCCGCCAGACUCUCUGUGGGGCAUCAGACUGGCCGACGGGUCCUGGAACGGUAUGAUGGGUCAAGUGCACAGGAACGAGGUGGAGUUCGCUCUUGGACCCUUCGCUGUAACUCCUCAGAGGGAAGAAGCGAUUGACUUCUCUUUGGCUGUUCACACUGACAACCAGGCGAUUAUUAUGAUCAGGCCCGGUCUCCAGAACGAUAUCUCGGGCUUCCUCAAGCCUUUCGCUUUGGAGGUGUGGUUGUUGAUCAUUUUAAGUGUGUUGAGCAUCGUCAUGACUCUGGUGUUUGUGGUGGUGGUUGAGGGACGAAUCUUGGGCUUCAGCACCUGGAGGGUAGUCUCCAAGGUCUUCAUGUGGAUGCUGCAGACUCUGCUCCAGCAGAAUCCGAGGUGGACACCAAAACAAGAUGGCGCCCGUCUCAUAGUGACCACGUGGGUUCUGGCUUCUAUAGUCUUCAUAUCCUGCUACAGUGGCAUCCUCACGGCCAUGCUGACGGUGCCUCGGGUCACCAUCCCCGUAGACUCCCUGGAAGACCUGGUGACCCAGACUCACCUGCCCUGGAGGCUGGAAUCGGGUGCUAUGAUGCUUACGUAUCUUCAGGAGUCCGAAGAUAAGGUGCGCCGGAAGGCUUUCAUUGGGAUGUCCGGGACCAUUCCAGACUGCUGGUCUGGGCGACAGGCAAUCGCCAGAGGAAAGUUCGCUGCCAUCUGUGACGAGACCUCCAUGAAGAAGGCCAUAUCGUGGGAUUUCAGCACGAGCGGCCAGUGUCACCUUUACAUUGCCCGAGAGAGAGUUUACUCCAACUUGAUGAUGUGUUUAGCCUUCAAGGUCAACUCUUCUUACCUCGUGAGGGCAAACAAAAUUAUUGAGAUGCUGCGAGACACAGGAGUGCUGGCCAAGUGGCUGGGGAAUGAGAUCACUAACACCUGCCAGUGUCUCCGGCCCCCGACCUCUGACCGCAGAAUUAGCAUGCAGCCGCUCAGCAUCGACUCCUUCCUCGGGCCCCUGAUCCUCCUGUUUGGUGGUUUGUCAGUGGCUCUUCAUAUCUUUGUUGGUGAGCACCUCAUUCACCUCUGCUGGUCCAGGACCCCGCCACUCCUCUCGUGAAGCGUCUCUUCUGCUCUACCUCAUUCUUGAAGAAGUUACAUAAAUGGAACAAUCAAUCGUUGCCUGAAACGCUGUCCGUAUUAGUGGCUUUAGGCAUUGUAUGUACUGGCCUUUUCAAGAACUCCAACAUUAUGUU